AUGCGUGCCAUCGUAGCAGCACUGGUGUUCCCGGCAGUGUACGCGCUGCAGGGACUGCCUAUCCCCUUUAGCAAGCUGGCUCAGCAAUCCUCCUCUUCCGCACGCCUGCUGUCGAGGGCGGCAGUGGAUGCCUCGUACCCCGAAUACAACCUCUCCGUGCCCAUUGACCAUUUCCACAACGACUCGAGGUACGAGCCACACUCGGACGGCACAUUCAACCUCCGAUACUGGUUCGACGCGCAGUACUACAAGCCAGGCGGACCCGUUUUUGUCCUCGGCGCAGGCGAGACGAGUGGCGAGGGCCGCCUCCCCUUUCUGCAAAAGGGCAUCGUGCACCAAGUAGCCAAGGCCACAAACGGUAUCGGUAUCAUCCUCGAGCACCGCUACUACGGCAGCAGCGUCCCCACGCCCGACUUUGAGACGGAGAGCCUUCGCUUCCUGACGACGGAGCAGGCGCUGGCCGACACGGCCUACUUUGCCAAGAACGUGCAGUUUGAGGGUCUGGAGGACGUGGAUUUCAGCCCAGACAAGGUGCCGUGGAUUGCCUAUGGCGGUUCCUACGCAGGCGCCUUUGUGGCCUUUCUGCGCAUCGUCUACCCGGACAUCUUCUUCGCGGCCAUCUCCUCGUCCGGCGUGCCUGCGGCCAUCUGGGACUACUGGGAGUACUACGAGGCCGCGAGGCUCUUUGGCCCCGGCGAAUGUGGCGAGACGCAGGGGAAGUUGAUCAACGUGGUCGACAACAUCUUGAUGAACAAGGAGAAUGCCGAGUACGUCGACUCACUCAAGCAGCUCUUUGGCAUGGGACACGUCAGAAACGAUGCGGAUUUCGCCGCGUCGGUCGCGGGAGAUAUCGCCGCCCUGCAGAGCUAUAACUGGGACCCUGCUAUCAGCACUGAUGCUUUCUUCCGUUACUGCGAGACCAUCUCCUCCUCCGAGAACAUGUACCCAGACCUAGAGGAGGAGCGUGCCACCGUCGAGGAGCUCCUGAAGGCGACAGGCUACGAGGAGCAGUUGGACCCUCUUGUCGACCGCAUGCUCAACUUUGUAGGGUACCAGCGUCCGAGCAAUGCUGCUGCCGCCGCCCGGUCCAAGGACGACUACGAGACCACGUCCGACGAGUCGUUCUAUGUCCAAGCAGAUCUCUCGCAGACGUGGCGUCUCUGGCCGUACCAGGUGUGCACUGAGUGGGGAUUCCUCCAGACAGGAUCUGGCGUUCCUGACGAUAUCCUCCCCAUGGUUUCGCGCCUCGUCGACCUGGAGUACUCGACCGAGAUCUGCCGCUCGGCCUUCAACAUAUCAGAGCCGGCCGACACGGACCGCAUCAACAAGUUUGGAGGCUUCGACGCUUCGUAUCCGCGUCUCGCGUGGUUGGAUGGCGAAUGGGAUCCGUGGCGCGCAGCGGGUGUGCAUGCACUGUCCCAGGACAGGCGUGAAUCGACGCCGAGUGAGCCCUUGAUCUUGAUUGACGAUGCUGUACACCACUGGGACGAGAAUGGUGUGUUCUGCAACGAGACACGACCGGGAGUGCCGCCUCGGGCUGUCAAGGACGCGCAGCGGGCCAUCCGCUCGUUUGUCAAGGCGUGGUUGGAGGAGUGGUAG